ACGAAGAUUGCUGGGAAGGAAGCAUGUUCUUCUGCUGUGGUGCGCAGUCCUCUGCAUGCAGCUCGAUGUCCCGAUGAAUGGAAGAGAAUGUACACACUUGGCACCGGGAUCUGGCAACGUUUGACGCAAAAAAGCAAUUACUACAUUGUAAUUGUGGGCCUGGAUAACGCCGGCAAAACGACGUUUUUGGAGCAAAUCAAGUCGCGUUUCAUCUGUAAUUAUCAGAUGCUGAAUCCGCUGAACAUCACGAGCACCGUUGGAUUAAAUGUGGGAUCGAUUGAUCUGGGCUCGAUACGUCUCAAUUUUUGGGACCUGGGAGGACAGGAUGAAUUGCAGUCGCUCUGGCACAAAUACUUUGAUGAUUGUCAGGCUCUCAUAUUUGUUGUCGAUUCCUGUGAUCCUCAGCGAUUCCCCGAAGUUGGUGCAGCUUUCAUGGGAUCGAUUGAUCUGGGCUCGAUACGUCUCAAUUUUUGGGACCUGGGAGGCCAGGAUGAAUUGCAGUCGCUCUGGCACAAAUACUUUGAUGAUUGUCAGGCUCUCGUAUUUGUUGUCGAUUCCUGUGAUCCUCAGCGAUUCCCCGAAGUUGGUGCAGCUUUCAGACUUGUGAUGGACAGUGAAGCAGUGCAAAAAAUGCCCGUUUUAGUGGUGAGCAACAAAAGCGACCUGGAAGAAUGCGCCGGAACGGAAGAGAUCAAAGAUUUGACGAGUGACGAUCGUCAUCUGGGUGAUUUGGCUCUUAUCCCGAUCUCGGCACUCCAGGGCCUUAACAUCGAGCGUUGUGUACGAUGGCUUUGUACUGUGCUCAAAACCAAUCGCAACAACAAUGAUCUCAGCUAG